GGCAUCAGUUGGGUCCGGGCUCUGGAGCGGGGCGAGGCGAAGCGAGCCAGCGCAGCCUCCAAGCGCUGAGAAUGAAGGUUCUCAUUUAAAAAAAAGCAUCCAGCUUUUGUUAGCGCCCCAAAGCUGCCCUUUGGGUAUCCAGUGCAUCCUCCCCACACCAAAAAGAGCUAUUCUGUAAGCAUGAAUCAUCCCCAUUUUGGAUACCUUGCAAAUUACAACAGCUUAACAGACAAGCAUCUUACAGGGUAUUUCAGCAACACCAGGAUAAGACGUCAUCUGCGGAGGUCAGGACUGAUCUCAAGAAGUGGAAGAAUAAUAUCAGACAAGGAAUACCGGUUAAAUGCCAUGAAGAAGGAUCAUCAGAAGUAUAUACGGGAAUGCUUGGCUCAGGCUAUUUUCCACAAAGCUCUUGAUAUGGAACGACAUCACCAGGGUGACAUAAAAAGAAAACUUGAGAGUUCGGCAAGGCGGGAGCGGAUCCAGCGAACCAAGGAAGAGGGCAAUGGCAGACCACAAAUAUAUCCAAGGAAACUGCACAGACUGCAGUCCCCAGGUGUUAUAACUGACUCAAAGGAAGCAAAAAACAAAACAAAAGCAAAUUUACUAAUAUUUGAAGGUUCAGGACCAUCAAGUCACACGAUUACUUAUCCUCGACCAAGCACUGCUCCAGGAAACAUACAACAGCCACUCCGGCUUCAGCCCCUCUACGGAAAUGUUGUGACUGAAGGUUCAUCAAAGACUGGUUUGAGCUCCAGACCAAAGUUUCUCACUGUUGACAAAGAAUAUCAUUUUGCUAGCGAGGGGGACAAAGGGAUAUUAAGGCCUGUGCAUUCAAUGGAUUAUUCAGUUGAAGUAUCCCCAUACAGACUUCCCAUUAUUAACAAUUAUAUGAUACCUAUUCCACAACCACCCAGAAGUGACAAAACUAUAAUCCCCAUGAAACCUGGGGGAAGAGGUCGACGGUUUCGCCCUACAACUUCAUCAAAUGGCCUGGAGCAGUUGCUAAUGAAGGACACUGGAAAAUUCUGCAAGCCUCAAAUACAAAGCAAUGCAUAUGUUACCAUGGUCUAUUUGGGAAAAACUGUGCACCUUUCAUAUGACCUUUUAGAUUAUCGAGAGGAAAUAAAAAUUUACCAACAGCAUUGUGGAGGAGAAAACCUAUGUGUGUAUAGAGGCAAACUGCUGGAGGGAGAAACAUUUCAGUUCAUCUCCAGGAGGCAUCAUGGCUUCCCCUUCAGUCUCACCUUUUAUCUCAAUGGAAUUCAGGUUGACCGAUUAAGUUCUUGCUGCGAAUAUAAGCAUCGGAAAGGUACUCGGCUAGGAGGCAAGCAUGGAUACUUUGGUUUCAUCAAUGUGGAAAGAUCAUCUCCUUGCUAUAGAUGUAUCAUUUCAUUGGGCCUGGACAAAAAGCCUACACCUCCAAAAAAGAAGACCCUUGAAGAAAGCGCAAAGCUGGAAGAUUGGAAGAAAGAAGAAGUGACACACAAGUUGAAAGAGGAAAAAAAAGUAUUACCGCCCCACUUUCCUUCAGCUUCUGCGGUAAAGAAACGGGCUGCAGAACGCGCUGAAGAAAAGCAAUUGGAGACCAAAAAAAGAGAAAAAGAGAGAGAUGAAUUUGAGGAUACCAAGAAAACUGCUGCUUAUGAAGCAUAUGAGGAAGAUUUUGAAGCUGAUGAAGAGAAAUCAGUUGGGAAAGUUGAGAAAGUUGAGAAAGAAGCACGUGCUGAUGAUCAAAUGAGUGAAAAGGGGAAGCCGCUCUCCGAAGGGGAAACAGAUCGUUCAGAUGAUGAAAGGAAGAAAAAAGUCUCAUCACAGAAAUCUUCACGGACUUCUGAUAGUGAGCGAGAUGAAAGUGAGGGAUAUACGGAAAGCUACACAGAGGAAGAGGAGAGAAAACAUGGCAAAGGUAAAGCAACUGACAGGGAAAUGGAUGCAUCUGCCCGAAAGAUCCAAGCUUUUUAUAGGAAGCAUAAAGGUCAACAGCAAACUCAGGCUGUCAAACCAGGUAGAAAACAAGUGCUUUCCGUCUCCGGCAGCAGCACAUUAUACAGCAGCGCAACCGAAUCCGAGUCCGAAGGCAGGAAGCGUGAUGAGGAAGAAGACGUUACAGACAUUCAUUCAGAAUAUGAGACGGAAACCACCAAGUCUCAACGGGAGGGAAGUCAGGGAACCGAUGUGGAAGAAGAGGAAAACUUGGGGGAAACAGGAAGCUUGUCCACCAAGAAUGUGCCAGAUAUCUUCUAUGAAGAAAAAGUGGAGAUGACCCUUCAGGACAUGAGUCCGGGCCAUGAGAAACCCAAGCUUAUAGGGUCGGUAGACAUGGGGGAGGAGGAAGAGAAGGAUAAGUUAGUGCAUUUGAAAAGCAGUGCCCUAGAAGGCUAUCCGAGCAGGAAGAUUUCUGAAUAUAAGGAAGGUGAUCGCAAAUCGGUCAGAGAGAAAAUAGCUGAGGCUAUUGAAAAAGAUCAGCUUUUGAGUUCUGAACCUGAACCUAGCGAUUACAGUACAGAGGAUGAGGAUGAACAUAUAACAGCUGCUCAAGACAAACUUGAAGCACCAGAUGACGUUUCCUUGGCAAAACGAUCAAGAAGGACUGAAUCGCAAAAGGCUGCAAAGCAAAUGAAAAAAGAGAGAGAGAUGAUGGACAAGGAAGGAGUACUUGAGGAAGAGGAGCUUGUAGCUGGUAAAGGCCCCAAAGAAGCAGCUCUAACAGAAGAAUUGCUAGCCCCCAAAAGAGCAAGUCUUAGAGGAGACCAGGGAGUAAAACCUGAACUUCUGGCAGGAAAAAGAGAAUGGGAGAGAGAACCCAUAGAAUCAGACCUGGCCAGUAUAGAAAAAGAAAUAACCCCCAAGGGUGAAAAAAUUGAGAGCAUGACAAAAACAGGUGAAAUGGCAAUAAAACAUAAAGCUGCUGAUGGAGAGGAGGUUUUAGGGGGAUUCAGAUCAGAAGGGGAAGAAACUGAAGAUGCCAAAAUUAGUGAGAAGUCAAGAGCAGCAAAGAGAGAAGAACAUGUGCGAUGGCAGAUCCUUGAGGGAGAAGAAGGUGCAGAAGUGACUGAGGCACCAACAGCUUUAAAGACAAGAGAAUUAGAAAAAAUUAAGACAGAGGACAGGCUUGAAGCAAAAGAAAAGAUGAAAGGAAAAUAUGAGACAGCUGAAGAUUGGGAGGCAACAUCUGCAGAAAAGAUCAGUAUUGGAAAGGGACCAGAAAAGGUAGGAGAAGCUGAACCCAAAGAAAUUUUUCAAGAGAAAAAACAUAAAGCAGAGGCCGAAAAAAAAGCUGACAUAAUGGAAAAGGAAAGAAAGGAUGAGGCAUUUUUGAGGGAAGAUGAGGAGAGAAAAUAUGAAUUGAGGCCCAUUUCCCCUUUGGAAGCAGGACUUAGACCACCACAAUUAAAAGUGGAAGAUGUUCUCUAUGGAGAUGAAAAAGCAGCUGCAGCAGAAAAGGCAAUCACUAGUGGAAGAGAGGUUCCAUCUGAGAUGGAAGAAACAAUCCAAGGAAUUUCAUCCAGAUGGGAUGAAGAUUUAUACCAAGAAUAUCCAGAUGUGACUGGGAUGAAAGCCAUAUCUACAGAAGAUUUAGCCCUCAAGAAAAUAGAGCCUUUGGUGGGAGAGGCCUUCCUCGACCAUGAAAUUGAAAUAAUUGAGGAAGACAAGUUAGCAGGCAAACCAUAUUCUGAAAGAGAGAAAGAGAGACAAGCAAGAGCAAAAGAUAUUUUGGCAAUUGAGCAAACAGCCCAAGGAGAAAAGACUGUAGUACAACCUGUAGAAAGAGGAGCUGAAGAAAGAGGAGCAGAAGAAAGGCUAAAGUUCAAAAUGGCAGCUCCAGAAGAGAAACUGGACUUGGAGAAAGAAGGGCUUUAUAUUGAACCCGGCUUAGAAUCUAUGGCAAUGCUGAUGGAAGAAUUAGCAAAGAAGGAAAAAGCAAAAGGAGAGAUGUGGGUUGAAGAGGCAGAGGGACAAGUAAAAGGAUUAUCUCCAAGACAGAAAAUGAUUGAAGAACAAAAAGCACCCAGAAGAAAGGCAGAAGCUGAAGAGAGAGGUGCUGAGAUGGCACUUAAAGAAGAGGCAGAAACUGAUGAGACAGAAGUUAAGACUAAACGUAAAGUAGGAAAAGAAGAGGUAGGAAAGAAAAUGGAAUAUCCAUGGGAAGCAGAAGGAGACAUGGCACUUAAAAGGGAGGUAGAAACUGGAGAGGCUAAAGUCGAUGUGGGACUUGAGGAGGAGUUAGAAGUCACAGAGGCAGAAGCUGACAUGACACUUAAAGGGAAGGCAGAAAGAAGACAUGUCAAAGCUAAGGUGGAACCUAAAGGAGAGUUAUACACUGAAAAAGCAGAAGCUGAAAUGACACUUGAAAGAGAGGAGGAAAUUGGACGUGUCAAAGCUAAGGUGGAACCUAAACUAGAGUUAUAUGCUGAAGAAGCAGAAGCUGAGAUUACACUUGAAAGAGAGGCAGAAAUUGGACGUGUCAAAGCUAAGGUGGAACCUAAAGGAGGGUUAUACGCUGAAGAAGCAGAAGCUGAGAUGACACUUGAAAGAGAGGCAGAAAUUGCACGUGUCAAAGCUAAGGUGGUACCUAAAGGAGACUUAUAUGCUGAAGAAGCAGAAGCUGAGGUGACACUUGAAAGAGAGGCAGAAAUUGGACGUGUCAAAGCUAAGGUGGUACCUAAAGGAGACUUAUAUGCUGAAGAAGCAGAAGCUGAGGGGACACUUGAAAGAGAGGCAGAAACUGGACGUGUCAAAGCUAAGGUGGAACCUAAAGGAGGGUUAUACGCUGAAGAAGCAGAAGCUGAGAUGACACUUGAAAGAGAGGCAGAAAUUGCACGUGUCAAAGCUAAGGUGGUACCUAAAGGAGACUUAUAUGCUGAAGAAGCAGAAGCUGAGGUGACACUUGAAAGAGAGGCAGAAAUUGGACGUGUCAAAGCUAAGGUGGUACCUAAAGGAGACUUAUAUGCUGAAGAAGCAGAAGCUGAGGUGACACUUGAAAGAGAGGCAGAAAUUGGACGUGUCAAAGCUAAGGUGACAUUUAAAAGGGAAGCAGAAACUGGACGGGUCAAAGCUAAGAUAGUACCUGAAGAAGACUUAUAUGCUGAAGAAGCAGAAGCUGAGGUGUCAUUUGAAAGAGAGGCAGAAACUGGACUGAUUAAAGCUAGGUUGGUACCUAAAGGAGAGUUAUAUCCUGAAGAAGCAGAAGCUGAGGUGACAAUUGGAUGGAAAGCAGAGACUGGACAGGUUAAAGCUAGGGUGGCACCUAAAGGGGAGUUAGAUGCUGAAAAAAGAGAAGCUGAGUUGACAGUUGCAUGGAAAGCAGAAACUAGACAGGUCAAAGCUAAAGUCGCACCUAAAGAGGAGUUAUAUGCUGAAGAAGCAGAAGCUGAAAUGAUACUUAAAAGAGAGGCAGAACCUGGACAGGUCAAAGCUAAGAAGGUACCUGAAAGGUGGUUAGAUGCUGAAGAAGCAGAAGCUGAGGUGACACUUAAGGGAAAAGGAGAAACUAGAGAGGCAGAAUUUGAUAAGAUAACUGAAAGGAAAUUAGAAGUUGAAGGGACAGAAGCUGAGGGGAAGAGAGCAGAAGGCAAGGUUGCCUUGAAAUGGAAGCCAGAAACUGGAGAGGCAGAGGCUGAUGUGGUAUCUAAAGGGGAAUUAGAAGUUGAAGAAGCAGAAGCUGAGUUGACAUUUAAAGGAAAGGCAAUAGAGAAAGCACUUAAACAGAAGGCAGUAAUUAUAGAGGAAGAGGCUGAUGUGAUACCUAAAGAGGAAUUAGAAGUCAAAGAGGCAGAACCUGAGUGGACACUUAAAAGGAAGGCAGAACCUGGACAGGCCAAAGUUAAGGUGGUGCCUAAAAGGGAGUUAGGUGCUGAAGAAGCAGAAGCCGAGAUGACACUUAAGCGGAAAGGAGAAACUAUAGAAGCAGAGUCUGAAGGGAUAGCUGGAAAGGACUUAGAAGCUGAAGAUGCAGAAGCUGAGAGGACACUUAAAAAGAAGGCAGAAGGCAAGGUAGCCUUGGAACAGAAGGCAAAAAUUGUAAAGCCAGAGACUGAGGUAGCAUUUGAAGAGAAAGCAGAAGUUAAAGUUGUACCAAAACUCCGGGAAGAAGAAACAGAAGAUUCGGAAGCAAAGGGAGAAAUGCUUUCUGUCGUCAUAGGAUCUCUGAAUGAAACUACCUUUGGAGAGCAAGGGUUAGUCACCAGGAGAGAAGAGAUUAUAGCAGAAAUAAAACAUACUUCUGAAUCAGCCCCACAAAAAGAAGCAUUCGUUGGAGGAGAAAUGAAAAAAGAACCUAGUGUCCAAACUGGAGUAUCUGACAAGACUGGAACAAGGGAAACAUUUCUUUACAUGGAAGUACAGGAGGAAGUCAUAGCUCCUGAAGAGGAGAAGGAACAGGAUGAAUCAGACACAGGAGAUGAGAUGAGAGAAGAAAUGAUAACACUUGCAGAUGUAGAAGAAGCUCUCUUAAUAGGGAUACAGCAACUGAUAACAGAAGUAUCACAGAUCAGUGAAAACGAUAAAGAUAAAGAAGAGCCUUCGGUGGAAAGAUCAGCAGAAGACGAAUCAACUCAGGAGUGUGCCACGAGUGAAGAUUUUUUUGCUGUUGUAGUAGAUGAAGAAAGGGAGAUAAUUGAGAGCAGUAACAGUGAGGAAGAUGGAACUGGGGAGCAUUCAGAAGGAACAGGAGAGCCUUCGGAAGAAGGAACAGGAGAACCUUCGGAAGAAGAAACAGGAGAGCCUUCAGAAGAAGGAAUAGGGGAGCCUUCAGAAGAAGGAAUAGGGGAGCCUUCAGAAGAAGGAAUAGGGGAGCCUUCAGAAGAAGGAAUAGGGGAGCCUUCAGAAGAAACCCCUUCAGAUGAAAAAGAUGAAAAUCUGAACUGUGAAAUAGGAUUGGAGGAGACUACAGAUGAAACAAUCACAAUGACAAAUACCAUUCUUUGGAGCUCCCAGGAGUAUGAAAGAGAGUGUCACCAAGAUCUUACUGGAACUGACUGAGAAGACAGACACCUAGACUGAAGAAUGCUUUCGGGUUGGAACUUCCCAUCUCAUCAUUGCUGCCUCAAGACUUGGUGGAAACACAGACUUAUUCAAGCAUCUUCUUAUAUUCAUUUGAUGCUUGCCAUCCAUCUUUCCAUUGUUGUCCUGACUACCAUGAUUAUUUAGUAACUUUUUUCAAGAAAAUCAUUCUAGAUUGGUGCCACCUGGGGCAACUGCCCUCUUUGAUUCCUUCACACACUUCUGCCACUAUGCACCAGGACUGCUGCAGACAAACGAAAUCCUAUCUAACUUAUUUCAUUUAUAGCAUUCCUUUAUAAUUCUAAAAAUAUUGAUGAUGAGGCCUGUAUAACAGCUGCCGCACAUUUCUUUUAAAAACAAAACAGAAUUAUUAUGUAACGGGAACUUUCCCAAAAUCAACCAGCUAAUUCUGCUGCACAGUAAGAGUCACUUGAAGUCUUUAUGUAGAACAAUAAAACACCUGCAAACAGAU